AUGCACUGGCCUGGCAGAGGAGUGGCACAGAAGCAUGAUGCUCAUGUCACACUGCUUUGUGUCUUUCUGUUCAGCUUCCUUGUGUUUCUGAGGUACCAGAUCUAUUAUGAUUACCCUCUGCAGACAUACCUGGAGUAUCCCAUCAUCAUUGCACAAGAUGUCAUCCUCCUUUUGUUUAUUCUGCAUUUCAGUGGAAACAUGAGACGAGCUUUGUUCUAUGCAGUCACGUUUGGGGGGGGCUGGUACAUGCUAGCACUGCGGAAGUGGAUGAUAGACCUGGCCAUGAAUUUGUGCACGUUCAUCAGUGCAGCCAGUAAGCUGGCUCAGCUGCGGUGCCUCUGGCAGACCAAAGAUUCGGGACAAGUGAGCGCCUUGACCUGGAGCAUGUCUGCCUAUACCUGUGCAACAAGAAUAGUUACAACUGUACUGACUACGAAUGACCUCGCAGUUCUCAUCCGUUUCAUAACCAUGCUCAUUCUCAAUAUUUGGGUCACAGCCACAAUUCUGCACUACAGGAAAACUAAAAAGACUGAUUAG